AUGCGCGACGAUUCGAGACUGAUAAUUAUCAGUCUCAUCGUUGCUGGAGUUAAACGACCACUUCGAGCGUUGUUGGAUUCGGGUGCAUCCAACAACUUCUUUCGAGCAUCAUGUUUGUCCCUUCUCCCGUCGACAGUUACGGUUCGAGAAGGUCCAGGUGACAUCGUUGUCAAACUUGCUGAUGGACAACCACAGCGUGUCCCGCGUAAAACAGUGGUUUUGCCGUACACGUUCGACGGCUUCCAAAGUAAUGACGAAUUUUUGGUGUACGAGAUGAAUUAUGCAUUCGAUUGCAUCUUGGGGAUACCGUGGCUGUCACGAUAUCAGCCGACGAUAGACUGGCUAUCUCGGUCCGUCAAACGACGAAGCGGUUACGACGUAAGUGAAGUUUUCACUCAUCUGUUGGUAGCGCCAUCCGAUUGGCCUCACGUCAGGGUCGUGAACGAACUCGCCACGACUAGAAGUCAGCACAGAGAGAGCGAUGGCCCUCUGUGUCCGGUAUGUUCAGUCACACUGAUAGAACCACAACACGAGGCGGUCGAACAGAGGUUCCCGCAAACCCAGACAUCGGUCGAGCAGGGGCUCCCGAUUCACAACGAGACGGUCGAACAGAGGUUCCCGCAAACACAGACAUCGGUCGAGCAGGGGCUCCCGAUUCACAACGAGGCGGUCGAACAGGGGUUCCCGCACACACGGACAUCGGUCGAGCAGGGGCUCCCGAUUCACAACGAGGCGGUCGAACAGGGGUUCCCGCACACACGGACUUCGGUCGAGCAGGGGUUCCCGAGUUCUAGCGAGGCGGUCGAGCAGGGGCUCCCGCAUACACACACAACGGCCGAGCAGAGACUCCCGAUUGUAACCGAGGUGGUCGAGCAGAGGCUCCCACAUACAUCUGAGGCGGUCGACGACGAGCUCCCGCCUCUUAUCGACGAGAAUGAACGGGCUGUGGACUUAAAUGCGAACGACGUGGUGGAGACAGAGCUCCCACGUCUAGCGGGGGGUACUUCAUCCUCCAGCGACAGCGACGUUCCAGCCUCGAGCAGUGGCUCAAGACGCAAGAGAAAGCGUAAACGCAAGAAAGGUGCACGCCGAUCACCAAGACGACGAAAUUCUCGCUCAAGCGCCGUUGACGAUGAUACUGUAUUGACGGAAUCCGUUUGUGCGCUUGAAUAUGUGGAAGGGUCUUCACAUCGUGGCCGCUACGUUGAGGUAGCGAGCCCUCCGUGCACUGUUGCAGAGAUCACAUCUCUAUUAACCCUACCAUGGAAAGAUUUUCUUCACGACCUCAAGGCCGGCGACAUCGAGCAAGUGUGCAUCAUAUCAGCCGCCGAAGCAGCUAGUGGAGAAGUUCUGGAGGCUCGCCCAAAGAGCGCUGAGCCCAAAUCAGCGCGCGAAGAACGUUUCGUGGCACAGUCUUGGGAAGCCCUUCGUGCUUCGGGCAACCCUGUCUAUGAUAUCGCGCGUGAGUAUGCCGACAUCUUUCCGGAGAAUAUCCCCGCUGAGCUUCCAGCGGAUCGUGGUGUGCGACACAAGAUCGAUUUCGUGCCAGGAUCAAAGUAUUGCGUGACGCGGCAGUGGCCGCUACCGCGUGACCAAGUCAUCGCAAUUGAUAAGUUUUUUGAGGGCCGCCGUAAGGCAGGACACGUCCGCGAAAGCAUAUCGCCACAUUCGAGUCCGACUUUCUGUGUGAAGAAAGCCACCGGUGGUUGGCGCAUCGUGCAUGCUUUUAACAAGUUGAAUGACGCCACGAUCCCGGCUCAAACACCAAUUCCUCGGAAAGACAUGGUACUGGAUACCAUGUCCGGCAGCGAGAUUUUUAGCGCCAUAGACCUGACAGACGGGUUUUACCAGAUUUUAAUGAGGGACAGUGAUAUCCCGUUCACCGCUGUCAGCACACCGAGUGGGAUGCUUUGGGAGUGGCUAGUCAUGCCACAAGGCCUUAAGAACGCUCCAGCAACGUUCAACCGGAUGGUGACACAAGUGCUUCGGCCACUACGUGAUUUUGCUCCAAGUUAUUUCGACGAUAUUUUUGUUCACAGCCGCGCUGAGCAACAACUCAGCGCUACGGAGGUCCACCUUCGGCAUUUGAAACAGGUGUUCCAAGUGAUGCGCGAGAACAAACUGUACGCAAAUUUGAAGAAGUGUGUCUUCUGUGCUCCCGAGAUUCCAGUUCUUGGAUGCUAUGUUAGCAAGGAGGGUGUCCGUGCUGAUCCCGAGAAAGUGUCAUCGAUAUGUUCCUGGCCUACGCCCAGGAACCAAACGGAACUACGCCAAUGGCUUGGCUUGGCCAAUUACUUGCAUAAGUAUACGAAGAACUAUGCAGAACUAAUCCAGCCACUAUCGACUCUACUGAAGAAAGACGCAGUUUGGUCAUGGAAAGCUGAACAUCACUCUGCCUUCAACUCUGUGAAAAAGAGCUUGUCUGAAGCACCAGUGCUGAUGUUGCCUGAUGAUUCCAAGCCAUUUCACGUCGUCUGUGAUGCGAGUAAUUUCGCUAUUGGAUGUGCCCUCAUGCAGUUUGACGAUGAGGGCCGAGAGCGCGUCGUGAGCUUUCAGUCACGACAGAUGAAACCCGCAGAGCGGAACUAUCCGGUACAUGACAAGGAACUUUUGGCUAUGCGUUACGCGCUGAUCAAGUUCAGAGUAUAUUUGCUCGGCGAGAAGAUGUUUUCGGUCUAUACAGAUCACGCAUCAUUGCGUACCGCCGUCAAGACUCCCCACUUGUCCCAGCGUAUGGCACGUUGGUUGUCAUACUUCUCAGAGUAUAAUUUCGUGGUCUUUUACAAACCCGGCAAGAACAACAUUCUUGCUGACGCGCUUUCUCGACGUCCCGAUUAUGAUCCUCGACGUGACAUGGGUCAUCAGCCAGGCAUUGCUGAAGACGAGGACGACGACAUUUGUUUAUGCUGUGCUGAGCAGGGGCUCAAUGCAAUGUUUUCGACACCUGAGCUGUCAAUCCGGACUCAAAUCGCUGAGUCAUAUGCGAACGAUUCAUUCUACACGGGAAUCAUCAAUUAUCUUCGACACCCUAGUGAGGGUUCACUCGCGAAGUUGACGAAACCAACGCGUGACAACAUCAAGCGGUACGCGCUUGAUGGUCCGCUGCUGACUUAUACAAUGGACGUUUUCGACCCACCGCGCGUCGUCAUCCCUGCUGAUGACGACCUCCGCGCACGAUUGGUGCAUGAAUUUCAUGACACUCCAACUGGUGGUCAUUUGGGUUGCGAGAAGACGUUCGCGGCCAUCUCUCGCGUGUUUUUCUGGCCGCGUAUGUACAAAUACAUCCAGAAAUGGGUACGCUCUUGUGAAAUAUGCCAGCGUGUGAAGCCUGAGCCGUCUUCACAAGCUCCAUUGCGUCCGCUUCCGAUUGCCACGGAAGCCUGGCGUUCGGUCAGCAUGGAUUUCAUCUUUGGUCUCCCUCCGGACGAACAGAAACGCACGGGCGUAUUGGUUUUUGUGGAUCGAUUUAGCAAAAUGGUGCAUUUUGUUCCAGUCUCCGCGCACGUUACGGCGGAGACGACCGCGCAGAUCUUCAUCGAUCUCAUAUUUCGACAUCACGGCUUGCCUGAAUCAAUUGUUUCGGAACGCGACCCGCGCUUUACAUCAGCUUUUUGGGCAACGCUGUUUCAACUAUUGGGCACGCGACUGCUUAUGUCUACGGCAGCCCAUUCAGAGACGGAUGGGCAAACGGAGCGCUUGAACAGAGUGCUUGAAGAUGUACUACGCAGUUAUGCGACAUCGUUCCUGUCGUGGAGUUCGUUUCUCCCUCUCGCUGAAUUUGCAAUCAACAACGCAAUUCAUGCGUCGACUGGGUUAACGCCAUUUUUCGUGAAUAACGCGAGGCACCCUCGCGUUCCAGCGCUUCUUGCUCUUUCAGCUUCAGCACACCCAGUUUCUCAGCUUGGUGGGGGAGUAUCUCCCGAUGACACUACGCGAAAAAUUUUGAUGAUUGGUAAUGUUGAAGACAAGGUUGCUGCCGAUGCAACUCAUACUGUUAAUUUCGUGGCCAAUGGCAUAUCGAGUCCCGACGCGAUGCAUCCCAUCGCGUCUCCCGUCGCUAAUUUUGCUCCUAAAGAGUCCACUUCUCCUGUAAGGUCGGCUGCUGUGACCGAAUUCCUAUUACUACGGCAAAGUAUCACGCGUUUUGUACGCGAUGCACUCCAAGAAGCAGUGGAUAAACAAAAGGAGAACGCGGACAAGCGAGGUCGAAAGAACUUGCUGACGUUCAAAGAAGGUGACAGAGUCUUACUAUCGACAAGCGGAUUACCAGACACGUCAGUAACGAAUUUGGGCGCUAAUAAAUUAGCGCCAAGAUAUAUUGGGCCCUUUCGGAUUGUUGAAGUCCAUGGAGAUGCUUACACGCUAGACAUACCUACCACUAUGCGUUUGCACCCGACAUUCUAUGUCGGGCGCCUUAAGGCUUACCUGCCGGCGGAUCUCCCUUUGGUCCUUCCUCACUCGUCUGUAUCGGCUCAAAGUCCGACACCCCCUGCCGACGACGCUGACGACGACUGGGACCAAGUUCUAGACGAGCGCGAGCAGACUCGUUCUGCUGGGGUCCACCGAGCGCAGCAGUCUCGAGCUGUCGCAGACGCUCCACCAAGCCCUGCUGCUCCCGUCGGGUUCUCUCGGCAGCCUCUGUCGCAGCUGCUGCACGAUCUCGAGCCCUCUCGGCCAUCUCACGGGCAUCCAGAAGGCCGUUCAUCGCCUCUUCAGUGUCAGCACGAAGGAAACGAAGCUCGUCACUCGACGGCACAGGCGCCCGAUUAUGAGAAUCGGCGCCCAACCCAAGAAGCCUUCCGUCGUGAAGCUCCUCCUCCCUUGGUAGAUGCAUCGGGUGAGCGACGCUGGAUUGUGGACCGUAUCGUCGGUCAUGAAGACCCCACGCCUCUUGCGCCGAGUAGUGGCUCGGCGCCAUCGAAGAGUCGUUCAGAAACGCAUUACAAGGUCCGAUGGUUGGGUUAUUCACCAACGGAAGACACGUGGGAGCCUCGAAGUAUGCUGGCUCACGAUGUUCCUGACGUCGUUGAGGAGUACGAGACCAGUAAGAGGUCGGCGAACGCGACCGACGCUGCUGACUCCUUCCACGAUCCCGCGAACCGUAACGUGCGUGAAUUGGCGAUCGACGACGAUCUCCCGAGCGACUCCGACGUCUUCUACGAGGCUCGGGAGCAUUUGGAUACCUUGACGGUCGAGAGCGACUACGAGAACGACCUCGGUGGUCGUAAGACAAACGAUCUCGACUACGUGAACGCCUCCAUUGAUCGACAGGGCGUUCCCUCAUGUGACGCAACGCAGAUACUUGGAGCUCUGAGAGGCUCCUCUCAUAGCGUCCGAUCCAUGGUCGGAUGUGCUGGGGCAUUCCCCGUGCACACACCAUGUCGUCCCAUUCCUGCCGCAUUGGUCGCGGUCUCUCCAUGUGACACCGUGGACACCCUUCACGGACAUGGACGUAACACAUGUGGAACCCAUCACGAGUCAAAUGACAUACGCGUCGUCGUAAGUCGCCAAUAG